UCUGUGUUGACUGCGGUUCGAGAAGGUUGGCAGUUUGCAAUUUUCGUACGCCUCAGAAUAGCUGGUAGACAAGAUUUCUGAAGCGGUUUUCGAGUAUUAUUAUUCAAUUCGAUCGAUCACCAACGGUCCAAUUGAGAAUAUCUUAAGCGAAACCGAUAGUCGUCGUCAUACUACCACCCCUGUCCCCUUUGGGCUGUACACGCGCAUAAUUUUCAGGCGACCCGGAUUCAAACCGCACGCAGUACGACUUUUAUUACAAAUAAAUUCAGGAAGAGUUCAGUGAAACAAGUCUUCUUGUUAAAAUGGCUUCAGAAAAGAUUGCUAUGAGCCAACAAACGUUGGUUGAUAACGAACGAUCUCAUAUUGGAAAUCAAAAAUGGACUCAGUACUUAGCUGCAUUAAUAGCUACCAUUGGUGGGUUCAUCGCAGGUACGACCCUUGGAUGGACAGCUCCAGCUGGUCCUAUGUUACAAAAAGGUCAAUAUCCAUUCAGUGUUACAAAUGAAGAUAUUGCGUGGAUUGGAGCGUUUAUGCCCCUCGGUGCAAUGCUUGGCUGUCCAGUUACGGCUUGGCUAGUAGAUAAAUUAGGGCGUAAAAACAUGAUGUUGAUGUUGGUUGCACCAUGCCUUAUUGGAUGGGGAAUGAUUAUUUGGGCUGAAUCUGUAAUGUGGAUUUGUAUGGGACGACUAUUAUCAGGUUUUGCCGGUGGUGCAUAUUCUAUAAUAGUACCUCUAUACACCUCUGAACUUGCUGAAAAAGAAAUUAGAGGAACUUUAGGAACUUAUUUCCAAUUGCAAAUUGUUUCGGGCAUUUUAUUCACUUAUAUUGUUGGAAGUUACUUAAAUGUGUUUGGACUGUCCAUUGCCUGUGCUGUAAUUCCAGUUAUAUAUGUUUGUUUGAUGAUUUUGAUGCCAGAAACACCAAUCUUCCAUUUGAUGAAAGGAAACGUAGAUAAAGCUCGUCUAUCUUUGAGAUACUUCCGUGGCCCAUAUGGCUUAGUUGACCAAGAACUCUCUAACAUGCAGGAUUCACUAGCUAAGACUGAAAGAGAAAGAGUUCCAAUUAUGGAAGCAUUCCAAACAACACCAGCUAAACGUGGUUUGUUCAUUGGUCUUGGAGUGAUGCUUUUACAACAGUUUACUGGUUGCAAUGCUGUUAUUUUCUACGCUACAUUUAUUUUCAAUGAAGCUGGAAGUGCAAUGCCUCCGAACACAUCUACAAUUAUAGUUGGCAUUAUGUCUGUAUUAGCUACUUAUGUUUCUACUCUUAUUGUUGAUAGACUGGGAAGGAAAAUAUUGCUUCUAUGUUCAGCUAUAAUGAUGGGUAUUUGUACCGCACUAAUCGGCGUCUUCUUUUAUCUAAAAGACUUCAACUACGAUGUAUCUUCGAUUGGGUUUAUUCCAUUAGUUUCUUUGUGUGUAUUCAUUGUCCUAUUUUCCCUUGGUUUUGGCCCUAUCCCAUGGAUGUUAAUUGGAGAAAUAUUUCCGGCACAAAUUAAAGGUACCGCAUGUUCAGUUGCCUGUUUAUUUAACUGGUUCUUUGCCUUCCUCGUUACUAAGUUCUUUUCAUCAUUGGUCGCCACAAUUCAUAUUUACAACACAUUCUGGCUGUUCACAUUAUUCAGUAUUUUUGGUGUAUUCUUUGUAAUCACAUUUGUCCCAGAAACUAAAGGAAGGACAAUGGACGAAAUUCAAGAAAUGCUUGGUGCUAGUAAUGAUCUUUCGCCUGCAAACCAAGCCAAUUCAACUACUACCAAAGAAAAAUACUAAAUUUUGCUCUGUUCACUUUCCAAAUUAGAUUCAGUUUUGAUUGCGGAAUAUUGCAUCAGUAUUAAUCAAUUACUGUUACCUUGCAAAAUUAAUUGUUUAUUACAUCUGUUAAAAGAUGCUUUUACUGUUUUUUUAAAAAAUAAUUAUUUAUGUUGUGAUGUCUACAUGUUUUAUUUGAGAAAAAAAUCACAAUACAAAAAUUAACUGUAGUUAUGGAAAGAACUAUAUUAAUCAGUACAUUACAAUAUAGCUGUGAUGUUUUUACUUAUACAGAAAGGCAAUCCAAAUAAUUUAUUCCUAGGCCUCUCAAUGUUGUUAUAAAUUAUAUAUGGUCUAGUCCUAAUAAUAAUCAAAUAUUCUUCAUUAAUUAUUUGUAUCAUGACAUUUUAUCAUUAUAUAUUAUUUAUGAGCAUUUUUUCCAUUCCAAAUGAUUAAAUAAUUGA